GAUUUGAUCUUGGCGAUACAGUUCAAUCAGAAACAAAAGGUAUUUGGAUUUGGUGCAAACAACAUCCGAAGCAAAAGGGCCAAGUGCUGGUUCUGGUCGACACGGAGGGUUUGGAUGAUCCAGAAAAGGGAGACCCAGAUCAUGAUAACAAGCUAUUCUGUCUGACCCUCCUGCUCAGCAGUACGCUGAUCAUCAAUUUGAAAGAUGUGUUUAAUUACUCCGCCUUGGACAAGUUAGCAUUUAUUGUCUCGCUGUCAGACAGUAUCAAAGUUCUUAAUGGUCAGGAUGAGGACGAGCAUAACGCCAAAAACAUCCCUGUCGCUUCACCUCGUUUGAUAAUGUGCAUCAGAGACUUUUUCCUGAAAAAUGAAAAAGAAGGUAAAAAUCAAACGCCCGACGAAUACCUUGAGUUUAACCUUGAACCAGUAAAACCAACAAAACCUGUCCAUGUAAAAUUCAACGGAAUAAAAGAAUCGAUCAGACAUUAUUUUCCAAAGAGAAAAUGCUUUACCUUGGCACAACCAGCAACUGGGAAAGAUCUACAGAAUAUCGAAACACUAGAUGAAAGUUCUUUAGAUAAGAAAUUUGUGAAAGAUAUCAAAGCUUUGCAGAAAUACGUAUACGAAAGGAAACCGAAAUACAUAUGCAAUGCCAGCCAAAAAACUUUAGAUGGAGCAGAUUUAGCAGCUCUAAUCACAUCGUACGUGAAAGCACUUAGGAAGGAUGUACCUAUACGAUGUGAGGACGCCUAUGCACAGGCGUCAGCCCAACGCAACGAACGAGUUUUACAAAAAGUUUUGAAAGAGUUCAAGCAAGACAUGGAAGAAGCUAGAAAUCUCAAAAGCAAGACCAGUCUUCAAGAUAUGUUUCUCGGGCAAUUUGAAAAAACUCUUACGAAGUACCGUACUGGUUCACUUCUGUAUCUUCAGGACGAAUAUGAAGAAAGAGCAACGGACGAAAUGAAGAAACAUGUUGACAUGCUUACAGCGGAACUGAGGCAGGCAUGUCAGAAAUUGGGAAAGGAGAAAUUGUCAGAAAUGUAUGAUGAAAUGCUGGAGAAAAACAGUGAUCGUUAUCUGACGUCUACCGGCUACAGCCAUUACGAAGAAGAUAUGAACAAACUGAAAGAAGAUUUUUUUAAAGAAAUGAAAGAUUAUGAUAUAGAUGAACUUUACACCUGCUUGGAAGCCUUUAAAAAGAGCAAGAAUGAUGACAAAAUGGCGCUCUACCGUGCUGCAACAGGACAAUAUGACUCCCGUCAAUAUGAUAAAAUCCAUGACGAAAUAAACAAAAGAAUGAAUGGGAAACUUGAGCGCGUUCUUCAGAUGGAAAUUCAAAAGAGAAACCAGUAUCUGGAAGAUGAACUGAAGAGACUUCAAGCUGAGUACGAAGACCUCAGUAAAUCUGUCAAGUCCAGGCGCAUGUGUUCAGUAAUGUAAAAGUAGGAUUUGCCUCAAUAAAUAUGACACACUGAUAAAAUUAAUAUGAAUGAAACACGUUACGGCAACGUAAUGACAUAAUAAGGAAAAGGAAACGACCUGGUCAUUUAGAAAACUCCUGUUUUUGUAUAUAAUAGUGUACAAAAAAUUCUUUAGUUGCAAUUGUUAAUAGUUCAUUUUGAUGUGUCUGUCAGUUGUUUGAUGGUGACUAUCUGAAGAAUUCAACUUUUAGUACUGUUUCAUUAUGUACAGUUUAUAAAUUGUACUUGACGUCUGUUCAUAGUAUUUUAGUUAUCAUGCAUUUAAUUUCAAAAUGCACAACUGGUAAACUAAAUGUGUUUGGUGUUAUUGUAUAUUUUAACAAAUAAUUGAAUUUUAAGUUAUUCUGGAUAUGCUUUGCUCUCAGAAUUUACAUGUGAAGCUAAACAUGUGAUGACGCGUGUGUGUGUCCGUCCGUCCGUCAUGUUUGGAACAAUUGAAAGUAUUGACUUUAAGGUUGGCAAAUAGGUAUAUUGCAAUGUGACAAUGUUCACAGCGCAUAAACGGGUUGAAAGGUCAAAGGUCAAGUUUACAAAUUAAGCUCAAGGGUAAUAGGUAUAUGACCGUUAUAUUUCGUGUCCGAGCAAUCUUUAUAGCCAUUCAAGAUUUUGACUUCAGACUUGGCGUCAUGAUAGGAAUGUUGUGAUGAAACUUUGUGUAGAGUGCAUGAACCGCUUGAUAAGGCAAAGGUCAUGAUCACAUAUUGAGGACAACGGUUAAAUCUGUCCGUCAUAUUUCGUUUCCAGGACAUAAUCUAAUAACUACCAAAUGUAUUAAUUUUAAUUUCAAACAUAGUCUGUGGGUAGGUGGCAAUUAGACGAUGUGCACCGCGCAUGAAUAAGUGCGGUAUUCAAAUGGUCAAACACACAGCAAGGUCAAAUCUGUCAUUCAUAUUUCGUGACAGAUGCAUAACGUUAUAACAAUUCAAAAUGUUGACUUCUAGCCUGGCAUAUAGCUAGGUGGCGAUGUGAUGAUGUGCCGAGAGCACGAAUCGUGUCUGUAGGCCAUAUUCCAAGAUCACAAAAUGGGCUCAAAUUUCAGAUCUGAGCUUCGUAUUGUGUGUCUAGAGCACAACUUAAAACCCUAUACAAUGUAUUGAAUUGAAAUUUGGAAUUUAGACCGAUGGUGAUGAGACGACGUGCAAAGUUCAAAAGAGCAACAGUACACAUUAUUGUCCACCACCUAACCCCUACACUAACCCCCUAAUACCCCCGCCAACAAUCUUGUCCGUUUCCCUACGUAUCGCCACAUAAACCCUGCCCUCAACACGCUCAUCUUCGAAACCUUUUCCAUGGAAUUGUCUACCUCCUCCUGUCCUGUUUUGGGUGUAUAUUGAGCCGCUAUGUGUAGCUCUUGUUUAAAUAAAGUAACCUGAGAUUAAAUUACUAAAAUGCGCUGACUUUAGGUACGUUUGGUAUUCAAAAAUAUCAUAUCAAAUAUUUUUUCAAAUUUUUGUAACCGUGUCGAAGGGUGUAUAUUCAUUGAAUAUGUAAAACAUCGGAAAUAAAUGCCGCAACCGCUUUAAAGCAAGUUGGUUGAAAAUAUAAACAAUGUGCAAACAUAAUAUCGAUAAGAUAUCAUUCUAAAGUCUCUUUUUAAAGUAUGUUUCAUUCGUCUAAACACAGUCACGUGAUUAAUGAUAGCAAGUCAUACUGACAUGUAGGCGGGACAAAGAACACUUACAGUAGUGACGUCAUAACAUUUUGACGUUGUAACAAUGUUUCAUGAUACAUAAUCUAAGAUCAAAGCACUGGAAUUUCGCGAGUAUCCUUCUCGUCGCUGGAUAUCGUUACGGAUACGCACAUGGUCGAUAUCACUUUUUCCAGGACGAUAAAUCCUCAUAUAAACCUUAAAGGCAUUAAUUGUACAAUUUAUUUGGUUUCGAGGCCAGACCAUCUGAUCACAUCAAUAUAGUAAGAUUAACAGAUUCCUUUUAUAUAAUUACGUGUGAUAUUCAAUGUUGCUUGAAUUUGUUUUAUGUAUUUUUUUGUAUGUACGUAUGUAUGUAUGUAUGUUUUAUCGUCGUUGUCUUCUGCUGUUACUUUUCUGUUGAAACGCUGAAAAUGUCUGAUCAAAUUGACUUUUCAGUGACAAAUUAUGUUUGACGAUGAAAUCAAUCAAAUAAGUUGCGUCCAUAGAAUAAGAAUGGCGACUAUUUAGUCAAACUGAGAAUACUUGGAGAACCGUCAUAAUUGUUAUUUUAUAACGGCUUGAUUCUACCAAAAUAAAUUUUCAAAAAAAAGUCUUCAUUAAAAAUGUUUAAGAUAGUAUUUCAGUAUUUUGUCGAAAUAUCAAGAACAAUGUGGAAAAGAUAAAUUCGUUUUUAAAUAAUCGUCAUUGUUUCGGAAAAUAAUUCUGAUGGACGUAAAAAUAAAGAGUAUGACAGCUUCCUUCUAUUUCUAUCUUUUCUCAAAUACAUUUUGUAUAAUAUUCAAAUAUAUCUAAACUAGACUUUGUUGUAUUUAUCUGUUGUUAGAAUGAAUAAAUGUGUGUUACAUA